CUUUAGUUGGCGAUCGCGAACGGAGCCCAGACGAGACGCGCGGAAUUCGGAUCGGGGCAAGAAAUAAAAAAAAAACAAGAACAACAUGCUGAAACCGUAUACUUAAUACGCGUGUGUGUGGCUCAAAAACAAGAAAAAUAUAAAUAAACAAAACUACAUUGCUACGUCAGAAGACUGCAGACAAAAGAUAUGAACGCAGCGCGCUGAGCUGCUUGACGUCGCCGCCAAGGUUCGAAUCAGAUAUAUUCUCUCGUUGUUUUUCCUUUUUUUUUAUUUUUCUUCCGCCCAUUUUUGUGUUGUUUUUAAUAAGUUUACAACUUUACAACUGUUUUUUUUUGUGAUUUUUGUACUUUCGUGAGUGCACUUGCGCCAAGUGAUUUGUGAUUUGCGAUUUGUGAUUUGCGUGCAGUUGAAGGCGAGGAGAACUGCAUUCGAUCUUUCGAUCAGCAGUGCCUUGAGAUUGCCGUUUUCGAAGUGAACGUUCCGAUGUGGAAACCUUAAGCUCGUACUCAUGUCUAAUUACACAAGCUAUUCCCUGGCAGACUAAAUCAGCUCCAAAUCGGCUCUAAGUAAGAGGAACGUGGUAAUUACAUUUCGAAUUGAUAUCAUGGCCAGUCGCCAAGCCGGUUUCGUCCUAGACGCCAAGUCCAUGGGUCUGAAUCCGUCGAGACCUGCAUCGCCACCGCCGCCAACAUCAUCAUCUGCCAGUCAAAAGUGUCGGCAAGUGCAGCCAACCGAAACGAGUGCCUCGCGUCCACAUCAUGAAUCGACGCUGGAAGCCUCAUCCCCUCAUCAGUGCACUGCCAGCACCGAGGCUAUGACCACCGAUCAUUACCGCUGUCUGAUCCAGAAGCUGCGGGACGCCAACGGCGAUGCUGGCAAUAUGAGCUUCGAGCUGAACAGCAUAUUUCUGAAACGGCUGGACGAGAUUGACUGCCUAGAUGAGCGCGAGGGUGAUGACACGCACACCUGCCAGUUGCGUCUGGUCACUUUCCAGGAGUGGGUGGAUUUCCUGCUCCACGUGAACAGCGUGAUCCUGGGCAACGUGUCGGACUUGGAGAAGGAGGCGUACAGCAAGAUCGUUUCCUGCUGUCAGUCUGUCCAAGUGCGACAGCAGCAUACCCUCGAGGAGAAUCGCAGGCUGCGGGAGGACAUCUGUGCGAUCAUAGAACGCGUGCAGACUUCUCCUAACUGCAAUAACUUUGACUUCAACGGCAUUUCCCUAGAGACGCUGACCGUUAACCAAUUGCGGGGCGUGGGAAAGGAUCACGCCCACGCGGAAUGCGAGAGCGAGAAGAUGAGCGAGAGCAUGAGGUCCUUAGUCGGCGAGAUAGCCGCCAAGCAUGACGAGAUCGGCGAACUAAAGUCGCAGAUCAAUGCCUUGGACGAGGUUGUGCACACGGCCAGGCAGAAGCUACUUUUGAAGGAUCAGUGCAUAGCACAGCUCAAUCAACAGCUGCAAGAGAUCACCCGGUGCAUUGAGUCCAGGGAUCAGGCCAGCAUGGAGGAGUCGCCCAACGAUACACUGACCGCGGACACGAUUACAAGCGGUAUGCUCGAUGAUCUCUCGAUCCACGACACCCAGGAGAGCGAAAUGCUGCGACUGCUGAACACGGAGCUCAAUGAUCUGCUCGAUCUGCACAACAAACAGGAGUUCCAGACCAUAGAGAGUUGGCGAAAACGUCUGUCCUGCUUCAUCGGAAAACUGGCAUCCGAGCGUGAGGACACUGUGAAAAAACUGGAGAGCAUUCGUAGUAAUCUGAAAAUCCUCCAGUCGGACCUUGAUCAAUCCUGCCUCAACUCAACUGAUUCCGAAUCAAGGCCCUGUAAUCUGGACGCGGAUGCUCAGAUGCUGGAAGCUCUACGUAGACGCCUGCUCAGCCUUAGCCAAGUCAAUCGAGAACUGCACGGAAAGUACCAGCGCCUGGACACCGAGUCGAAAAUCAAAAUUUCAGAGCUGGAGGCGAGGCUUGAAUCGGAAAUCGGCGUUUUUCAAAGAAAUAACGAUGUUCUAAGGGAGAUCGCCGAACUCCUCUGCUCGUUGGGUUCCAAGGAGUUCUCCUACAACGAAAUCUACGACGAAUCCUCGAAAGAAAAUCCAUUUUGUACGGCCAUUGCGAAAAUGUUUGCAAAGACAUUCGAGCAGAAGAAAAAUCAAGUGACAAUUGAAUGCGAUACGAAAACACCUUCCCAAACAAGGAAGCCAACCAAAGCCACCAAAAUCCCGGGAGCCACGGCAAAAACAAACAAACAACAACCAACAACUAAACCUUCAAACAAGCCAACGACAACUAAAACUAUACCAACGAAAAAGACAACUACAACGUUUAGGACCUCCAAGUAACUAUGUCACUUGUUGGGCCUCCUAAACAGUUAGUCUAAUCUAAGCCACGUUAAGUAGUUCGUAUAGUCUAGCUUAAAGUUUGUCGUUCUUAAGUUAUUUAUCAUCGCGAUAGUUCGCCACGAAAACUCAACUCUAUAUGGCAAAAAUCUAUAUCUAUCUAUAUAUGGUUAAACAGAAACUAGAAUCACAGAUUGCUGAAAUGAAUAGUUUUAACAAGAUUAUUCUUAACUAGUUUUAAAUAAAGUUUCUUUCAUAUCCCAACCUAA